ACGCCCUCUCCGCCGUUCUGGGUCCAGAAGUCGUCGGCGCAGCUCGGAGCCGCACAGUGGACGUUGUUCUCCGUCUCCUCUGGACGCGUCAGGGUUUUCCAACAUGGUCUGUGGCGGGUUCACCUGUUCUAAGAACGCCCUCUGCGCCCUGAAUGUUGUGUACAUGCUGGUGGGGCUCCUGCUGAUCGCAGUCGCAGCAUGGGGGAAGGGAUUCGGCCUGGUGUCCAGCAUCCACAUCAUCGGCGGCGUCAUCGCGCUGGGCGUCUUCCUGCUGCUCAUCGCCAUGGUGGGACUGGUCGGCGCCAUACACCACCACCAAGUCAUGCUCUUCUUUUACAUGGUGAUCCUCUUCAUCGUCUUCCUCUUCCAGUUUGGAGUCUCCUGUUCCUGCCUGGCGAUGAACCGAGGCCAGCAGGUGGUUCUGCUCAACUCCACCUGGGGCAUGUUGGAGAACACCACCAAGACGGACCUGGAGAGCCAGCUGAACUGCUGCGGCCUGCUCAACGUCACCAACAGCCUGCAGCAGUUCAAGGCUGACGUGGACGGCUGUCGCGCUCCGUGCAAAAAUCUAGGAAACUGUACGAGCUGCGGGGAUCUGAUGCUGAAUCAUGCAACGGAGGCUCUGAAGAUCCUGGGAGGCGUCGGGCUCUUCUUCAGCUUCUCAGAGAUCCUGGGGGUGUGGCUCGCCGUGCGCUACAGGAACCAGAAGGACCCGCGGGCGAACCCCAGCGCUUUCCUAUAGUCUGUCCAUCACGCCCCGCCGCAGACACUUUCUCCCCUCCUGACACACACACACAAUAACAACAACAACAACGCACACGACGGACGAGCGCACUCCACACCUGAGAAACAAAAACACACGACCGACCCGGACACUGGGACCCCCCCCCCCCCCCUCAGACCUGGACACUCGUGCAUGAACGGCUGACUGGUGACGCCGGCGAGUUUCACUGGUUCAGCCUGGAUUUGAGUCCCAGAGGCUCUGGACUGGAGCCGCUAGGAAAGUCUGGAUGGAUUUCUGCAUGUGCACCGCAUUAAAAAACAAAAAAAACACACAACCCCCCCCUCCAUAUGCACCUUAACACGUUCCUGUCGUCUCUAGCUUAGCGCCGCCCUCCGCUGUGCGUCUGUAACGAGGAGCGACGAGGCGCUGCGGGCGGUGAGGUAGUUUGUUGGAGUUUAGGGUUUAGAUUUUAGGACGCUAGCCGUUUGUUUAGUUUGAGGUGUUUGUGAACUGUAACUGAGCCAGCUAACUUAUCGACGCGCCACAGACUGCAGCCUCCAUGUUGUACAUAUUCCUAUUUAAGCUACUGUAGCUCGUUGGAUUUUACAGAAGUAGCGUGUGUGUCUCCCCCCCCCUGGUUCUGCUACAAGCUGCAGGACAGGAAGCGUUUUCGUGUGCCAUUAUGUUUCAGGAGAAGAGAUAAAAAAAAAAAAAUAAUAGUUUAGGUUUUUUUUAUUAUUAUUAUUGUGUUAAUUGUGAUAAUGUGCUCCUUGUUGCAAUUUUAAAACCUUUAAAAACAACGGCUCUUUGUCAGAGCUGCGUUCCUUUGUGUUGCCAUCAAUUUUUUUUGUGUUCAUCAGUGUUAAAAAAAAGAUAUAUACGAAUAAUGCUUGUUAAAUAUUUUUAGGAUCUAUUUAAGUUUAGUGCACAUUAUGCAGGUGUUUAAUAGUUUUUCUCUGUGUUUGACAUUUGCUGCUCACGCCUUGUUGAUCUCUCUCUUCUGCGUUGAUUUUAACUCGGAGGACGAAGCUGAGCUCUAACGAAACGUCUUACUUGAACCUGUCGUCUUUGCUGAUGUGGAUUUCCUGCUGCUGGUUUGGACUCCUUGGUGUAAAAAUUCGGACCGAUCUUAACGCCAUAUAUUCCACGCAUUCACUUUGAAUCUGUGUGCACUUGUUAUUGAAAUGUAUGAAUUUUUGAGACUUAAUUUUCCAAAUAAUAAAACGUCAAAUUGGAAAACUU